GGCCGUCGCGAAGGGAAGGGGCGGGGCGGGGCGGGCGAGGAAGCGCGCGCGCGCAGCAGCAUCAGCAACCGCCGCCUCCACAGCAGCAACCGCCGCAGCCCGGGUGAGACUCCCCCUCCCCCUCCCCCUCCCCCUGCGCAGGCACUGAGGAAGGAGCGGCGGUUGGAGUCACUCAAGUGCAGUCACUGAUUACGAGAUGUUUCCACAAAAUCUACCUCAGACCUUGCUCUUAAGCAUUCAUGUGCUGCAUCAUUACAACUCCCAACAGGAGGCCUGCAGAUACUCUUGAAAGUCUAAGAACAGGCUGACACGAAAGUAGAACGUGAUGACCUAGUAAUAGGUUGAAGCCUGAAACAUUCUUGAUUCAGGAAUCCAAGAUAAUACUGCCUAGUAUUAUAAUUUUAAAGGCUGCAGACAUCUCCUUCUGUUUCUUCUUACUCCAGAAACAUUCAUUUGACCUCUUUCUGCAGAAAUAUAUUGUCUUCUCUAAUCUGGUUUGGAAGUAUUAAUGGAAUACAGUCAUGUCUACCCAGGACGAAAGGCAGAUAAAUACCGAAUAUGCUGUGGCCUUACUGGAGCAGUUCAAGUUAUUCUAUGAUCAGCGGUUGCUCACUGACAUAGUGUUGAUUGUAGAGGGCACCGAAUUCCCCUGUCAUAAGAUGGUUCUUGCAACCUGUAGCUCUUAUUUCAGGGCCAUGUUCAUGAGUGGGUUAAGUGAAAGUAAGCAAACACAUGUACAUCUGAGGAAUAUGGAUGCAGCCACUUUAAAAAUCAUUAUAACUUACUCCUACACGGGUAACUUGGCAAUAAGUGACAGCACGGUCGAACAGCUUUAUGAGACUGCUUGCUUCUUACAGGUAGAAGAUGUAUUACAGCGAUGUAGAGACUAUUUAAUUAAGAAAAUUAAUGCAGAAAAUUGUGUGCGGUUAUUUAGUUUUGCUGAUCUCUUCAGCUGUGAAGAAUUAAAACAGAGUGCUAAGAGAAUGGUAGAGCACAAGUUUACGGCUGUAUAUCAUCAAGAGGCUUUCAUGCAACUGUCACAUGAUCUACUGAUAGAUAUUUUAAGCAGUGAUAACUUAAAUGUGGAAAAAGAGGAGACAGUUCGUGAAGCUGCUAUGGUAUGGCUGGAGUACAACACAGAAUCACGAUCGCAGUAUUUAUCUUCUGUUCUUAGCCAAAUCAGAAUUGAUGCACUUUCAGAAGUAACACAGAGAGCCUGGUUUCAAGGUCUACCACCUAAUGAUAAAUCAGUGGUGGUGCAAGGAUUGUAUAAAUCUAUGCCCAAGUUCUUCAAACCAAGACUUGGCAUGACUAAAGAGGAGAUGAUGAUAUUCAUUGAAGCUGCUGCUGAAAGCUCUGGUAGUCUUUAUUCUUCUGUCUGUUACAGUCCCCAGGCAGAAAAAGUUUACAAGCUUUGCAACCCUCCUGCUGACUUGCAUAAGGUUGGAACACUUGUGACUCCUGAUAAUGAUAUCUACAUAGCAGGUGGACAGAUUCCUCUGAAAAACACAAAAACCAAUCACAGUAAAAGUAGCAAACUUCAGGCUGCCUUCAGAACUGUGAAUUGCUUUUACUGGUUUGAUGCACAGCAAAAUACAUGGUUUCCAAAGACCCCAAUGUUGUUUGUUCGUAUAAAGCCUUCUUUGGUCUGCUGCGAAGGAUACAUCUAUGCAAUUGGAGGAGACAGUGUAGGUGGUGAACUUAACAGGAGAACUGUGGAAAGAUACGAUACUGAAAAAGAUGAAUGGACCAUGGUGAGUCCAUUGCCUUGUGCAUGGCAAUGGAGUACAGCAGUAGCUGUUCAUAACUGCAUUUAUGUAAUGGCACACAACUUGAUGUACUGUUAUUUUCCCAGAUCUGAUGCUUGGGUAGAAAUGGCUAUGAGACAAACUAGUAGAUGUUUUGCAUCAGCUGCCGCUUUUGGUGAUAAAAUAUUCUAUAUUGGAGGACUGCAUAUUGGCAGCAACUCUGGUAUAAGACUCCCAACUAGCACUGUAGAUGGGUCUUCCGUAACUGUGGAAAUCUAUGAUGUGAAUAAGAAUGAGUGGAGAAUGGCAGCCAAUAUCCCUGCCAAGCGUUAUUCUGAUCCUUGUGUUAGAGCUGUUGUGAUCUCCAAUUCUUUAUGUGUCUUUAUACGAGAAACCCACAUGAAUGAGAGAGCCAAGUAUGCCACCUACCAAUAUGAUCUGGAACGUGAUCAGUGGUCUCUGAGACAAUCUAUAUCAGAGCGUGUACUCUGGGACUUGGGGAAAGACUUCCGGUGCACUGUAGGAAAACUUUAUCCAUCUUGCCUCGAGGAGUCCCCAUGGAAACCUCCAACAUAUCUCUUUUCAGCGGAAGGACCUGAUGAGUUUGAGCUGGAUGGGAUGGUUACCUUAUAGCUCCCAAAUUCAUAGACUCUAUUCCUGAUUUUGUGCUCAUUUUACCUUGGAAGGAACUCUUAUGAGAGAACAGGGCUGGAAAUAGAAACGUUAUACCUGUCUUUCAUAAAUUGUAUUUUUAUGCCCUACUUAAUAUUUGCAGCCAUUCAGUGAAUUUUUAUGAGCAGAUAUGCUUCCAUAAUAUGAAAUGCUCCGAUAAUUGAGAAACUUGUAUGUAUAUCAUGAGCUUAAGCAUCUGACUAUUGUCUGAAGAAUUAACUUCUAGUCCUAUAAAGUCUUGGUUCAGGAAAAUUUUGCUUUACAAAAGCAGCUGUAUGUAGGACGGUAUGUCACAAUUGUUCUGAUAGUAUCUUCCAGUUAUAUUUGAACUACUUCUGGAUAUUCUACUCAAGUGCUAGUUAAUUGUCAGUGUAGCAUAAUGGUCUGUGCUGCACUUAACAUUAAUAUCCAUGUUGGUAUAGCAAUGCCAUUAAAAGAAUAAGAAACAAAUCCCAUGGAUCUACCUGUGGUAGGAAGGGUAGAUCUUCCAUUGUAUGUAACAUGCAGGGCAAAAUAAAUGACUGCCGGUUCAGUCAAGCUGUAUUGUUAGGUGCAUGUAGUCUAUUUUCACUAACUUAUACCUGUCUAUUUAGAAUACAGGUCUUCCAAGCAGCUGGUAGUUUACCAGGUGUGGACUUAAGUUGCUGGGCUUGCAAUAGGAAUUGCCAGCCUCUCAUAGUGCGGGUCUGUGUGGAGCUUUAAUCACUAAAUGUCUCCACGUUCUGUAUUACGAUAACAUUGGCUCCUGUAUAUUACUUCCUGCUGCUGAUGUAUUUUUUCCAAUGUAAAACAAAGUUUUAGUGUGGAUUAACCAG